ACCUCUAAUAUUAAUGUGUUAACGUCAAUUGCCUAUGGAAACAACAAAUAAACAGUAUUCAUUAACAUAUGGAUGAAAAAUUAAUCAAGUGAAAAAGUUAUUGACGUUGGAUAUCUGCAAUAACCAUUUUAAAAUAACUAAUGUUUUAAUUCUGAUAUAAACAAUAUGACUUCGCGUAACCUAACUGAGGUUUUUGUGAUAAUGCGCAAUAAUGCGUCCAAACAUCGAAAUUUGUAUUCUGAAAGCAGAUCGACAGAUGAUGCAGAACGUUUAAUUAAUAAUUCAAUCCGCGAUGCAGAGGAAGGUUUAGAAAUGCGGGAUGACUACGGUACUCCUCCUUUGUGGAUAGAUAAGUUGGAGGAAGCACAAUACACUUUAUCUAAAAUAAAGCCAAAACUUGAUGAAUUAGGUUCAUUACAUGCAAGACACCUGUUGCAACCUGCUUUUGAUGAAACUUUUGAGGAAGAGAGAGAAAUAGAAUGCCUCAGCCAGGAGAUUUCAAAACUUAUCACAUCCACUCACCGACAUAUACAAUGCAUUCGAUCAAGUCUUGGUAUAGGAACUAAGAAGGAACAGCGGUUAACAGAAAAUGUGGUUACUUGUUUGCUACUUCAGUUGCAAGAAUUGACCUCUAAAUUUCGUAACAGCCAAAGUAAUUACGUACGACAGCUGAACUCCAGAGAAGAACGUUCACAAAAAUAUUUUGGAAAUGAUGAUUUCACAAACAUUGACUUGGUUUCGGGUACUACAGAUGAUCAUGAUAAUUUCGUAGAUACCUUUGAUAACUUUCUACAACCCGUUUCCUCUGUAUUAAGUAAUAAUAAGUCUACUAAUAAACGUGGCUAUUUAUAUGAUGAUGAAUCUUCUGAACAAAUAGAUGAAAAUUUUCAACGUCCUUUAUCGAACCGCAUGACUAAACAGCAACUUCUGCUUUUUGAAGAAGAAAACACUCGCUUCGCAAUUAAUCGCGACGAAGAAGUCACCAAAAUCGUAAAAUCCAUUUAUGAUCUCAAUGAUAUAUUUAAAGAUCUUAGUCAAAUGGUUCAAGAACAAGGUACUAUAUUGGAUCGUAUUGAUUACAAUGUCGAGCAAACUCAGACAAGGGUAUCUGAAGGACUUCGGCAAUUACAACGUGCUGAAAUGUAUCAAAGAAAAAACCGGAAAAUGUGUAUUAUUAUGGUGUUGGCAUCUGUAACUUUAUUCAUGCUUCUCCUCCUUAUUUUUACAAAGUUAUAAAUGUGAAAAAUAAAUAUUUGUUAUUAAUUCAAUAUCUCAGUAAAUUAUAGUUCAUAUAAUUAUCACCAACAUAAUAA